CGAGGCCGAGAGCCGGAUAAUUUCAAUAGUUGGGGCAGAUUAUUCCUUUGGGACAGACUGCCCGGACGCUAUGCCAGAGGAAGAUUUAUUACAACAUGAGAUGGAGGCUGGGGUGGUAAUCUCUGAGGUUCUCACCUUACCUCAUUCUCAGGCUAGAGAUUUUGUGGAAUUGUUACCGACUGAAACAACAAUCAAUGACAGCAGAGCAACGGCUGGUUCUUCACCACCACCCAUCCAAGAACAAGUGCAAGAUGCCCCUCAGUCGCCAGUACUACAAAUGACAGUACGUGGCAGAAGGACAGAAACUGUUGCAUCAUCAACACCACCACUGCGACAGAGACCCAGAAGAAAGAGGAAUCUGAAUCCUCGCCAAAGUGUUUCUGAGCAAUAUAGUGCAGCUCGACGAGAAUUUCUAGCAGUUGCAGAAGCAAAUGCUGCUACAAUGAAGAUGCUGGCAACUGCUGCUCAAGCGCAAGCAGAUGCUGCCAAGAUGCAGGCUGAGGCAGCCAAGGUACAAGCCGAGGCGACGCUGCAAUUGGUAAAAGUCGGAAACAAAAUAGCUGACGCAAUAAAUAAUUACAUAAAUAAAAAUAAUAAAUGAUAUAAAA